GCAAGUACACCAUCCAGUUAACGGCUCGCGCUUUGGCUAAUCGCGGUGUCAAAUCAAAGCGACUCAUCUGUUCACCGACACUUCGCUCUAUCCAGACCGCCGAGGCGUUGGCAAAAUUCCUAAAGGCAAAAAUAGCUGUAGAACCUGGACUGCUAGAGCCACUUGCGUGGUACCGUAUGACGAACAAGAAAAUGCCAGACUUUCACCUGGGAGAGUUGGCCAAAUCAUAUCCAAUUGAUACUAAUU